AUGCCGCCACCAUUAUCCAAUACACAUCUUCGUACACCAUUUGGCUUUGAUGAAUUACUAACAUAUUUAACACGUGAAAUUCUUCGAUCACAACCAGAGAAUAUUUAUGAAUUUUGUUUAACUACAUGUCAACAAUUGAUUAAUGAACGAAACAAUGGCAUUCUAUCUGAUGAAUUAAUUAAAUUAGAUUUAACUAGUUAUUCUCUUGAGAAUCAAGAAGAAUAA